CUCCUGUCCGCUUUGUUAUCUCAAACUGAAUGUCUCUUUUUCUGACCAAUUUACAGGUUAUCUCUACGGAUAAAUUUCAAUAGUCAAAAAAUUUUUCAAAACUAGUCACCAUCUCCACAAUAACUUUCCUCCACCGUCCGAGAGCCUUUUUCAUACUUUAGUUCUUAUUUAGUUAAGUUUGGUUAGUUUAGUUAAGUUAAGCUAGGUUAAGUCGUGCAAGUUGUGUGAGAUCACGUGUGUUCCAUAACCCAUUACACAUCAUACAAUUUCUUUCCUUGUCUUGCCUUGGCAGACAUAAAACAACUUAACAAUCCCAAGAAGCUUGAAGUUAAGCCUUAAGAAUUUAUACAUCUAUUGUAUCAUUUACUAAUGAUGAGCUUCAAUACUGAAAAUAUAAAUCAAAAACUUCGUAAUCUAUCGCUACUUGAAUCUACCGACCCUUUAGCAUCUAGAACUUCUUCAUCAUCUACCAAUAUGGCUUACAAUAAUUUAACACAAUCUGAUGGAGAUUUCGAUGAGUCAUAUCUUAAUAAUAAUAAUAAUAAUAUCCAUGAUAAUCCUUCACUGAUGUUAAGAUCAUCUACUUAUCCUACUCCAACAACAACGGCUGGUGAAAAUUCAUCAUUUUUACCCUUACUUCAAGCAAAUAAUUCUGAAAAUAAUACUUCCAGUCAAACUCCAAAGAAGUCAUUAUUAUCAUCAUCAUUAGCAGGAGAAAAGAGAUCAAAAUCAAAUUUAAUUAAUGCGACUACUUCGAUAAACUAUAAUACAAUCGAUCAACAUCCUCAGUAUCAUCAUUCAGAUCCAAAUUUGCAUUCAACUUCAACUUCAACUCCUUCAGCUAAUAUAAAUAUACCGACAAGCCAACAAACAAAUUAUACUGAUGAACAUCCAGAACCAGAAUUAUUAGCUACUUCAGUAGGUAAGGAAGUAGAUGGAAGAUUAAUCCCAUCAUCAUCAACUAUAAGUUUAUUAUCAUUGAAUUAUAAUCACGAACCUCAACUUCAACCUCUAUCCCAAGUGCAACCACAACCACAAUCUCAAUCUCAAGCACAACCCCAAAAAUCUCCCAGAGUUUUACAAACUUCAACUUUCCAACAACCUCAACCAACCAUUGAUAGAAAAAAUUCAUUCACAAAUAUAAUCAGUAGAGGUUCUAUAACUCAUUUGAACCAGCAACGUUUACAGCCUUAUCAAAGACUAACUUCUCCACCUCCUGGUUCAACAACUUCGAAUUAUUACCCAGAAUACUUUUUAUCUAAUUCCACAGCUCAAAGUAUCCCAAUUAAGCCAUCGGUUCAACAUAUAAGUGGUCCUGAAGGUACAGUACCAGAUUCACCAUAUUUGGAUCCAACAUCUGUAAGUGGCUCGCCAUCUCGAUUCUGGUUAUCAUCUCAAACUCCUCCACGUUCAUUAAGUAAUGCUCACAGAAGUACCAGUCGUACGCAGUUAUUCAAUCAGUAUCAAUAUCAACACCAACACCAACAUCAACAUCAACAUCAUCAACAUCCACUGUAUAUCCCUAUAACCAGUGUGAAUAAUUAUGUUACAACAAGUGCCAGUACUACUGGAGCUACCUCAGCUUCCAUUCCUAUUAGCACUAAUGGUAGUGAUUCUCCUACUUUGGAUCCAGUCCAAACUCCCUUAGAAGAUCCGCCUAUGACUCCCUUGUAUCUUAGCAAGAAUGUAAGUCCUAAAUUAAGUUCAGACUCAUAUUUUAAUGGAUAUUCACUGGCACAAUCAGUCCAUCCACCCCCAUAUAUUGAUGAGCUGGUUGAACAAGAGUUUCUUGAUAAUGAGGAUAAUUGUCAAGGAAAUGGUCAAGGAGAUAGUGUCGUCGAUGAUGACAAUAUUCUAGACAGUGUCAUGGGAGGUCAAGAAGAGCAUGGGAAGCUUAAGGUUAAUGAUUACGAAAUGAUUUGAUAUUUGAUAUACAGAUUGAUGGGGUUCAGGAAUGCAAUAUAAUGUAAUAUAUAUACUAUAUAAUUUAAUAUUAGGCAGGAGUAAAUGUAUAGGUUUAGGGA